UCUACAACUUCACAGUUACUAAAGGUUCUACACGAGUUUGGUGAGUCACUCGACAAAAGAAUCCAAACUGAUGUCCUUUAUCUCGAUUUCGCUAAAGCGUUUGACAGGGUUGAUCAUCAGCUGCUUCUCAAGAAACUUAGUAAUUUUGGAGUUUGCGGAAACUUGCUGAGCUGGUUUCAUAACUAUCUAACAGAUCGCCAUCAAAAUGUUACCAUUUUAGGAAAAACAUCCCGAUCAAUACCCGUUCUAUCAGGUGUUCUUCAGGGUUCAAUCCUUGGCCCUUUAUUGUUUCUUGUAUACGUGAAUGAUCUGCCCGAAAAGUCCACCACAUCGUCUGUUGCUCUGUUCGCUGAUGAUACCAAGUGUUAUCAUGUCAUAAGAACAACAGAUGACGUAAAAGCUCUCCAAUGUGAUCUGGAUGGAAUCAGCCAAUGGUGUCGGACGUGGCGCAUGAACCUUAACAAAACUAAGUGUGGAGUUCUUAAGGAAACAAGGAAUCUCAAACUCGUGCAGUCAUCUUACCAUCUCAACAACGAUAACUCAGCCAACUCAACGGUCAUCUGUAAAAGCUUGUUCAAAAAGAUCUUGGCGUUCUCGUCACUGCAGAUCUCAAAUGGAACCAACACGUCUCUGCU